AUGGCGGAUCUGUUCGUCAUUUUUGACGAGGAGGGCUUCGCCGAUCGCGACCCGGAACGCACAUAUCGCACUUACAGCGAUGCUUUCGCUACGAUGUCAGAGGACAACUUCAUUGCAACCUUCCGCUUGUCUAAGGACGCUGCUAGAGAGGUCUGCGAAGCUGUCAAGGGGGAUCUAGAGCGGCCUCAGCAGUGGCGUCGUACAACCCUCAGCGUCGAGCAGAGAGUUUUAAUGGCGCUACGGUUCUACGCCACUGGGGCAUUCCUCGGCAACAUUGCGAGGGAAGAGAGCUUCGUUUGCAGUAAGCAUGCAAUAUCCGAGGCUCUCCACGCAGUGAGCCUAGCCAUCACAAUGAACCUUGCGCGGAAGUAUCUCCGGUUCCCUUCGACUCCAGAGGAAAAGCUGGAAGUAAAGCGCGGGUUCUACGAGUUGGCUGGGUUUCCUGGGUGCCUAGAAUCAUGA